AGCGCUUUGUCUGUUUUGGCGUACGAUACGGGCGAUAUCUUCCUGCCCUCUCCUGUAGAGUUCGAUUUCGCUUCGAUCGACAGCUCGAAUCUUGUCCUUCGAGCGUAGGAUUCCAACCCGGUAGGAUUGUUGUACUCGGUGGAAUACGAAUAUCAACCAAAUGCCUUUCCUCAGGUGGCACUAGUAGUGCUUACUGCAAGCGAGACUUGUUUUCCCCAGCCACCACCCAUAGCAUAGACUCUCGGCAACGUGAACCUGACGUCGCAGUUCAUUGUGCCAAUAUGCCGUAGUGCCGUAUUACACAUGGGAAAGUCGAUCGGAACACAUACGAAAUCCCUAUCGGCGUCAGGAACUCACUUUUUCCGUUGCGAAAAGCAAUCACAAGCGUCACGCGUUGAGCGGCAUAGUAGCCGUCACCCUCUUGAAAGAUUCCCACCCUUGGACAGGGAAAGUCGAUCGGAACACAUACGAAAUCCCUAUCGGCGUCAGGAACUCACUUUUUCCGUUGGAAAAGCAAUCACGACUCUAAUUUCUCCCAUGGACAGCGGACUAGCACAUCCUGACAUGGUCCAAAGCUUGCAGCCACUUGAGGAACCGCUCACUGGGAGGAAAACCACGCUGCAACUCGCUCAAGAGAAAGGACAACAGCUGCGGGACGCUCUACCGCCCGCUAUUGGAGACAACUUGUCGCUCCUGGCGCUGGCAUUUGUGUUGUCUCCUCGGCUUUUUGUUAUUGCAGUGGGCUUUGGCGUACCCGUAUUCUUGGGCAUGGUUUGGGCAGAGUCUUCCAGAGGGGUCUUUCAUCAUUCCCUUCUACGCCGCUCGUCGCGGAGUCAGCCAGAGAUACCCCAUCCUUUCGAGCAUAAGAGUUCUAGCUUUGACGAGGGAAAGCGGAAUCUACCCCCAUCCGUUAGCUCUGCGCUCCAUACACUCAUUGGACAUGUUGCCCGGGACUUCAUUGAGAACUGGUUUUCCCUCAUCAAUCACUCUGGAAGUCCCGCCUUCCCCCAAGCCGUUCAGACAAGCCUGAAUCACGCUUGUAUUGAAUUUGGAACGGCUCUCGGCAACGUGAACCUGACGUCGCAGUUCAUUGUGCCAAUGUGCCGUAGUGCCGUAUUACAUAUGAGAGAAUACCGCGAAUUCGAAGCGAGCUCCCUGGAUAUCGAAAAGUACCUGACUAGGAACACAUCGUCUCCUUUCAAUCGCCACUUUACCAGACGGAAGGUGAUAGAGCAUUUACGCGGCUUGUCAAUGUUGCUUUGCGUAAAGCUCCUGCGGCGCUCGGACCGUUCCCCGAUCGUUUUCGAAUUCGCGCAUGAAAUAGUCGCAACUUCGGUACUUCUGCCCGUCGUGGAUCUAUGUAGCAAUCCGGACUGGAUCAACGCGCAGAUCGUAUACUACCUGAAGAAGUCGCAGGAGAAGGCUGAGAGGAAGCAGGCGGAACGAAAACGCACGAGCGACGUAAAGACAAGCCAAUCUGCGGGAACCGAGGUGUGCGUGAAAGUUCUUGAGGCAAGACGACUGCCGAUAGCUGGGAUGAACGAGCUAUAUUGCUCGGUGUUGUGUGGAACAGAAGUGCAGAAAACUCGCCGAAUCAGCGCGGAAUCAAGUCCAAUCUGGAUGGAGGAGUUCCAAUUUCAUAGGAAAGGCGGAGAGACUAGCGGUGUCGACGGGAUUGUUAUUGACAUUGUGGAAAGUCGGAUGAUCAAGGAUGAUAUAAUUGGAAGCGUAUACAUCCCGUUCAACGCUCUUUCGGCCACCCAGCCAUUGAAAGGCUGGCGACAGGUGGACACAUCGGAAACGCGGUUCGCCGGCGUUACCAACGCCGAGCUAGCGUUGGAAGUAACACUGUCGGCCCCAGAGGUGGUGGACAUCGACAGUCUCACCGGAGCAUCCACCCCAAUCACAAAGAGCGACCUGAGCCCCGACGAUAUCCUGAUCAAAAACCAUGCACUGGUGGAAUUCAUGGAAUACAUGAACACCAUCAAGGCAUUCAAAUAUGUCCAGCUGUUUAUUAUGAUUGACUCCUACAACCGCUUCGCGCAGUUGGAGCUGACUGGUCAGCCGGCCCACUCUGAGGCCUCGGUUUGCGAAAGUCUCAGAGCGGAUGCUCAAUCCGUUCUGGAACGGUUCUUGGACAAGAAAUCUCCGGACUACGUCGAUCUGCAAGCUCCGGAGAUGGUUGCAAAAGUUACGCGAGCAGUUGCGGAGAAGCCGGACGCGGAUGUUCUGAAGCCUGUGCAAACGCAAAUCUUGCAUAUUAUCAGGAACAGAUACCUAGAAGGUUUCAAAGAGAGUGAACAAUUCAAGGGAUACCUUGCGCAACUCGACAUUGAGCCAAAACAGGUUCCUGAGCAGUUGGAUGCGCAGCCGGGGAAGGCAUCAAAUCCGGGGUCUGUGGCAGCCUCCUCCCCUGCCCGGGGAACGGACGCUGCUACUAAGCCGUACACCGCAAACGAUGGAAUCGAAAUGGACCAUUCGGCGAGCUCUCGAUCGCGGGCAUCGGAGGCUUCGGAAACUAGUACCUCCUCCAGUGUGGGGAGCAAGGUGAAUGGACUGGAAACGUUCAAUGACAGAGUGCCAACCCUGAGCGUGCUUGAAGCCGUAGGCGACGCUGAAGGCCUGGCCGGAGGUAAGCCCGUCGAGUCCGACGCAGAGGACACAGUAGCAAAGUCAAUCCAUGCUGCCGCUAUGGCUCUGGAAAAGCUCGAAAACGAAAACACUGGGGAUAUCAGCGUUGUUGAAAGCGUUAUCGAUAAUCUCCGCGAACAAGUGUCGCACGUCGAUGCUCUUAUGCGAAGGUCCACUGACCCGGACCAACUAGCUGAUCUUGCAAGUACGAAACUGCAACUGCAGACGCAAGUGGAAGAACUGGCGGAUCUCGUGACCCAAGCGGAACAGCAGACUCUGCUAGCCGUUGAUCUCCGCGAUAUCAAAAUUAACAUUUUCGAUAACACGAAUCCGGAACUGGAUACGGGUGAAAAGAAUAUAUUUCCCUUUGGAGGAGGAAUGGAUCCCAAAAGCAUCCAAUUCAUCGUUCAGAUCGAGCGAUUGAACGGUGGAGGGUGGAUGGUAACUAAGUCAUAUUCAGACUUCGUGUCUCUGAACGAUGAACUCCUCCCCCUCUUUCCGAAAAUCCGAAAGGCUGCCUUUCCGAAGCGCAAUCGAAUUAGAAGUCAGCAGAAUCGGGAUGAAGUCGCCCGAGACUUGGAGCGUUGGGCGGGAAUGGUGAUUCCGGACGCUGCUAUCUGCGAGUCGGGGACGCUGCAAGAAUUCCUGAAGCCUGAGAAUGUGCAGCGAGAGGAAAGCACCGCCAGGGCGCAGGCGGCAUCGAAAGUAUUCGGGACUUUCAAGUCAGCUGGCAGUCUUUUACGAAAGGUGGCGGUGGCUACCCCCUUGCGUGCGGCGACAUUUGUGGCCGGCGAGGUUAACGCCGCGGUUACUGGUGUCGCACAAGGGGUCAUGAAGGCCGCUGAUAGCGCUGUCAGCACUUUACCUAGAGCACGGAAUUCCAUUACAUCCCUCGACCAGCUGGCGACUCCUCAAGACAAACAUGCACGCAUCCCGGAGCGGGCUUCGUCCCUCAAAGAUUUGGCGACUUUAGCUCCUCUCUCGGAGAUAGUGGGCGAAACGCAAGAAAAGCUAGGACCAUCGCGAGAAGAAGGUCGCACGUCGCUCGAUGGCACAGCGACCCAGUACUCGGAGACAACGGCCACCUCUACCGUCUUGUCCAUGCCGACAAACAGAUCCUCUUCGCCUGUUCGACCGCCCACCAACUCAGGCACGCCCAAUAUUAGUCCUGGCCGGCCGCUGAACCCUAAAGCGUCUAAUACCGCGGCGAAACCCAUCCUGACCCCGGGAGAGGUUGAGACCAUACUGGAAUGCAUCUUCGGAACAGUCGAAGAAGUAUUUGCACUGUCGGACCCGGCGCAGUGGAUGCGGCAGAAGGGCUUGCAUCUCGCCAAAACGAUCCUGCGACGAACAUAUGGGGCAACCAUUUCCGCUGCCUUGCAGCAGAAACUUGCAGCUGCAACCUCUGAGGAAACCAUUGCGGCGUACAUCACGCAGGUGGACACCAUGUUCUGGCCCGAAGGGAUCUGGUAUUCCUCACCUCGGCCGAACGGCGUAGAUGCCGACAAAGCGGACUCGGCAACUCCGGCGAGCAAGGCAACUACGAGCUCACCCACGGCGGGAGAGGCGAACAAGGUUGCCACGAGUGCGACAUCGUCCGCUACUUCAACUACCGCGCAUACCCCAGUACCCACCGCUGCAGACAUCAAAAGGGAGGCGAAGAAUCUAUUCAUACACUCGACGGUGGGUCUGGAUAAUGUGUCCCGGGUUGUCGGCAAGUACAAUGCUGUCACCGGGAUGACACGCUUGUUCAAUAUGCUGCAACAUCGGGAACUCAACCAGCACCUUGUAUGCGAGAUUCUUGACCGUGUGGUAAAAGGGGUUUUGGAAGGAUACGUUCAUGAUGAAUAGGUCGUACGUAUGGAAUCUGGAAGACCAUUGAAGGACUUUGCUUUUGGAGUUGUAGUCGCUAGUUGAGAGCAAGUAUGUAGCAAAUAGAAAGGUGCCGAUACAAUCACGUUGAAUCCAUG